GUGUGUAUACAUAUUCAUUUCCUCUUCAAUUGCUUUCAGACACAACAAAAGAAAGGUUUCAGACAAGAAGGAUGAAGUUCGGAAAAGAAUUGUCGUCACAAAUGGUACCGGAGUGGCAACAAGCUUACAUGAGCUACGAUUAUCUCAAAAAACUUCUCAAAGAAAUAAUCAAACUCAAACUCAGAACCAACCCUCAUCCUCAUCCUCCUCCACAUCAAGCCGUUUCCGGUAAAGGACUUAGCCGCAAGAUGACACUAUACCGAGCUUUUAGCGGGCUUGUUCAAACGCAAGGAAGAAAAAGACAAAGUUCGGGGCAAAUCAACCCUUCUCUAGAAACUGACAUUGAAGAAGGUAAUGCACCGAUACUCGUCAACAGAACGAGUAAUGGAUUAGAAACUAUGUUUUUGAUGACGGCAGAGGAAGGAGGAGAAUAUGAAUUGAUCUUUUUCAGGCGACUCGAUGAUGAGUUUAAUAGAAUUGAGAAAUUCUAUAAAGAGAAAAUAGAAGAAGUAAUGAAUGAUGCGAUUAUGCUUAACAAGCAAAUGGAUGCUCUAAUUGCAUUCCGAGUUAAGGUUGAGAAUCCUAUUGGGUGGGGAUGGGAAGAACGGACGGUGGAGAUGACUCGCUUGGCCUCCGAUGUUGCUACUUCCACGGCUGCGAUUGCUGCUUCUACACCCUCUAAAACUCGAACCGCUCGCAUGGAGCCGAUACAUGAAGGAGGCUCCAGCAGAGCUGAUCAAUCCGAAGAUCACGGUGACGAGAGAAGGAGCAGCUUGAGCAAAGUGGCAGCUGGGAGGCCAGCCCCUAUCGAGGUCCUAGAUCACAUAAAGAUCAACAACACUAAGGAGACGCCUAGGUCCACCAUUAAAGGCGUUAUCCAUUCCUCGAACCAUGAGGAGAUCAAAUUCACUAGGCGUAAUCUGAAGGAAGUGGAAGAGAAGCUCAAAGUCGCUUUCGUCCAGUUUUACCAAAAGCUUCGUCUCCUCAAGAGCUACAGCUUUCUGAAUGUGUUGGCGUUCUCCAAGAUUUUGAAGAAGUAUGAUAAGAUAACUUCAAGAAACGCUUCGAAGCCUUAUAUGAAAAUGGUUGACAAUUCGUAUCUCGGAAGCUCAGAUGAGCUAAUGAAACUGAUACAGCGUGUUGAAGCUACAUUCAUAAAGCAUUUCGCAAAUGGUAACAGACGAAAAGGAAUGAAAAAUUUGAGACCUCUAAUGAAAAGAGAGAGACAUCGACUCACAUUCUUCACUGGUUUCUCUGCUGGAUGCAUGUUUUCUCUUAUAGUGGCUCUUGUAGCCAUCAUACGCGCCCGGAAUAUUUUUCAGGAGGAAGGCUACAAAGAUUACAUGAAUAGUGUGUUCCCUCUUUAUAGCUUGUUUGGGUUCAUUGUGCUUCACAUGACUAUGUACGCUAUUGAUAUAUACUAUUGGAAGCGUUAUCGAGUAAAUUAUGCAUUCAUAUUUGGGUUCAAGCAAGGAACUGAACUUGACUACCGACAAGUUCUAUUUGUGGGUUUUAGCCUUGGAACGUUUGCGUUGCUUUGUGUUCUUGGUAAUCUUGACAUGCAAGCAGACCCUAGAACCAAAAGUUACCAAGCACUAACCGAACUUCUUCCUCUCUUCCUUCUUGGUGCUAUGCUUUUAGUUUUAGUCUUGCCGUUCAACAUUCUCUACCGUUCUAGUCGCUUCUUCUUCCUCACGUGUUUGUUUCACUUCCUUGCUGCUCCUCUUUACAAGGUGACGUUGCCCGAUUUCUUCUUAGGAGAUCAAUUAACUAGCCAAGUACAAGCUCUUCGAAGCAUCCAAUUCUAUAUAUGCCACUAUGGAUGGGGAGACUUCAAACAAAGACAAAACACUUGUGGACGCUCAGAAGUCUACAACAUCUUCAUAUACGUUGUUGCUGUAAUACCAUAUCUAUCUCGCCUCCUUCAGUGCAUACGCCGAAUGUUUGAGGAAAGAAGUCUAGAGCAAGGAUAUAACGGAGUCAAAUACUUGUUAACAAUAUUAGCGGUUUGCUUAAGAACAGCUUAUGGUUUUGACAAGAACAAGAAUCAUAAAUUUAUUCUCAAAGUACUGGCUGGUUCUGCCUCAGUUCUUGCUGCUGUUUUCUGUACAUACUGGGACUUUGUCUAUGACUGGGGACUUCUCAAUAGGACGUCCAAAAACAGAUGGCUUCGAGAUAAACUUCUUGUCCCACACAAGAGAGUAUACUUCAUCGCAAUGAUCUUGAACGUUGUGUUGAGAUUUGCAUGGUUGCAAACUGUAUUGGAUUUUGAAAUUAAGUUUCUUCACACUCAAACGGUGCUUAUGGUUGUGGCCUGUCUUGAGAUCAUUCGCCGUGGGAUAUGGAAUUUCUUCAGGCUAGAGAAUGAGCAUUUGAAUAAUGUGGGGAAGUACCGAGCUUUCAAGUCAGUUCCAUUACCGUUCAGCUACGACGAAGAUGACGACAAGGACGACUAACAUGUAUGCAAAAAAAAAAGUCAACUGACAUUUAGUUAUACAUGUUGAACAUACAAAAUUAAGUUUUUCUAACGAAAAUUACUAUUGUUUAUACAAAACCGAAGCAAGUGUCGAAACACUUGUGAUAGCAAUGCAGUGCUACGGUUAGUUGGUCUCUUGUGAUACUUUUAUUAAAAAAGUUUUUAACAAAAAUUUUUUUCAUAAAUGGAGAGCCUUUUUCUAAAUAAUUUUUUCAAAAUAUU